AUGGAAAAACGUCACGGAAUUACAUACGCAGCACGUGCAAAAACGCUAAUAGGUUAUUGUGGAACUAUCAGUAUAUUGGAAAUUUCUAGAAAUGAACAUGUCAAAAAAAGCCAUGAAGAUCAGCAUUUAUUUAAAUUAUUAUGUUUAAUUAAGAAUGAGUAUCCAAAUUUAGAAAGUGUUGAUGAUUUAAUGAUUGCUUUACUUGGGUAUCUGGGCUUCAAUGAUAAUAAUUUAUUAGUAAUGUUAGUAAUUUACUCUGAAUUUAAAAUAUUGGACUGUCUUACAUUGUUUCUUAUUCGUGUCAUUGGAAGUCGUGUAUCAUUUUAUAAGGCUACAUUAAAUGAAAAUUUAAUUAUUAAUGUUGUAUUUAAAAACGAUGAUCCGAGCGAAGUGACACCCGUCUUAAGAUAUGCACCACCAAAUCUGUCAAAGUCUCCAUCAAGAUUAUUUCCAUGGUCGCUCGAUCUUGUUGAUGCAGAAAAUUGA